AUGCCAUCUUCGGAGAACAUGCUUGGAUCGAGUCGAGAGACCACUCCCACUCAUGACUAUCAAGAUGAAGAUGUGGCCGUUAUGAAAAGCUCUUCAAAUUCCUCGCCCUUUGUUCAACCUUCUCCGAUCAACAUUUCCAAUAACCUAUCAUCACCAAAGAACAUCGCAUCCGAUGAACAAAACACAACCAACAAUUCAUCCCUAAAUCUAGGUUUAAAAUCUAAUUUAAUGAAUAAUAGAGAAAAUUUUUCAAAAUAUCCCGAUCUGCCAAAUUUUGAGCUCUAUGAGUUUGAUGAGAUGGAGGACGUUCUCGAACGAAUUAUUAAGGAAAAUGAAUUUGUUGAAGAGGAAUUGUACAUUUAUGAAGCAUUCUUGAAGAAAAUGUCGGAGCGAUCGGGUGUUCCAGCUGCAAGUGCUUCUAACAAUGAAAAAGACAAUCAUAAUACAUCCUCAGCAUUCAUCAAUACUAGUAACGUUCGAGCAUCAACAGAUACCCAAAACAAUAGUAACCUUAUUCAGGCCUCGCAAGAUAAAAGCAAGCACGAGUCUUCGAAAAUGAACAAUCAAAAGUCACAACAACAACUAAACAAUGGUGGCGCUCUUACCUCAGAAUCUAUACAAGAUGUUUCGGGCUCUCUUGAGAACCGCCUCGUUCGAAAGAAAUCCAUGGAUAAUAUUUCAGUGUCUUCAUUUGAUGAUGCAAGUGAUGAUGCGAGCAGUGUUGUGAGCAGCGGAACCACAAAUACAGCUGGUAAGAAGAAGAAAAAACGAAGACAGGCUGUUCAAGAGUAUCAAUUAACAUAUGAAAACAAAAUUGAAAUUGCCCUUAAAGCAAUAGACAUUCUCAGAAACACAAUAGAGAAGGAAAACAAAAUUUAUGAGAAGGAAAUUGAAACCAUGCGAGCUCGAGUACAGGAAGCAGACUUGGAAAUUGAGGAAGUGGACAAGGAACAUUUGGAAUUUAGAAAAGAGGUGGUAGAACCAAGAGACAAUGGAAAGAACACCAAAGAUGGAGGCCUCUAUUCGCAAUACAUUGCAGCAGAAAAAAUUGUACAGUAUUUCAAAAAUAAGCAACAACAAAAGGAUACCCUUAUUCACAAAUUGAAAUUGAAAAUAAGUGAAAUACGAGCGAUUGUAAACAAAUCGAAAGGUCAACUCGAGUCAAGAGAGCAAUCUGGCGAUCAGCUUACGAAAACUGACUUUGAUCAGCUCAAAAUUGAGAAUGGUCUAAUGAACAACAAAAUCGAUGAGAGGAAUAAUGAACUAGUCGAGUUGAAACUCAACACUGGAGCUCUUCUCCAAAAACUCUCUGCGCUCACUGAAAAACUCAACAAACUCACACAAGAUUCCAAAUGGUACCAAAAAGAAAUUGAAAAGAACCGAAAGGACUUGGAAUCACUGAAGGAAGAAAUUGAAUUCGUACUCAAGGACAAGGACAUUGAAUCAGGAAGAAAUCAGAAAAUGGUGAUCCAGCACGAACAAGUCAAAGUUCCCGAAAUUCUCACCUACAUUAAAAUGAAAGCAGAACUCGAUGAAGUCCGUAAAGAGGUCACCAAUUGGCAACGAAAAGUUGAAAUCCAAUCCAUGAAUGAGAGUAACACUCGGAAGAAACUUCAAGGACUCUUAAUCAGCAAUGGAAAUCAAAGAAUUGCCUCUGCAGGAUCCUCUAAAAGUGACUCGAGCUUGAGUGGUAUACUGACAACCAACAAUCAGCUCUCAAAUAAACAACUUUUCAAAUAG